GGUUGGGCUGCUUUGGGUUUGCGGGGCAGUGCGGUGCAGAGACCGGAGGAGCGAAGAGGGCGAAGGAGGAGGAGGAGGAGAAGCAACGAGUUGGGAAAACAAGAGCGAAGGAAGGGAGCGGGGGGACUUCUUUGGCUUCGGGGGGACGGAGGAGGAGUGGCGAGAGGCCCGGCGCCGGGACUGGCUCUCUCUCUGUGUCGUCCAAGUUUAUUUCUUGCCGGUGCAGCAUGAAGAGCGGCGAUGGCACGUCGCGCUAAGACGGCGGUGCGGACGCUGGAGGAUCUGACGCUGGACUCGGGCUAUGGUGGCGCGGCGGACUCGGUGCGCUCCUCCAACUUGUCGCUGUGCUGCUCCGAGCCCUCCUCCUGCUCCGAGUCCCCCCUCCCGGCGGCGGUGGCCAAGGCGCAUGGGGCCAAGGGCUGGCCGCCUCUAGCCUCCGCCUUCGCCGCCUCCAUGCACAGCCGCCACAACAGCUUCGACACCGUCAACACCGUCCUGGGCGAGGAGGGCGAGCUGGGCGCGCUGGGCGGCUGCGGGCCCGGGCAGUACUGCGCCCGCCUCCUGCCCGACCUCGAGGAGCUGCCCUGGAGCCUGGCCGAGGUGGAGGCGCUGCUCUGGCUCCUCCGCCGCCCGCCUCCUCUUCCUCCUCCUCCCGCCAGGAAGGAGCCCCGAGCCGCCCUCUUGCACCCUUCUUGCGCCACCACCAGCUCCAGCAGCUCCUCCACCAGCCUCAGCUUGAGCCGCAGUAGUGCCGGAGGAGGAGGGGAAAGAGGAGGAGGAUGCGCGGCUUCCCGGGACGCCGUCUCGCGCCUCUCCGCCGUGGUGGGCCGGGCCCUGCUGAGACUGGCCCGCGAAGCCCAGCGCCUGAGCCUCCGCUUCGGGAAAUGCACCAAGUACGAGGUGCAGAGCGCCCUGGAGAUGGUGCUGGGCUGGAGCCUGGCGUCCAGCUGCACCUCCGCCGCCCUCGGCGCCCUCUCGCUCUACAACAUGAGCAGCGGAGGAGGAGGAGGCGCCUCCGGGGACCGCUUCAGCCGGGGCAAGUCGGCCCGCUGCGGACUCACCCUCUCCGUGGGCAAGUUCUACCGCUGGAUGGUGGACAGCCGCGUGGCCCUCCGCAUCCACGAGCACGCCGCCAUCUACCUGGCCGCCGGCGUGGAGAACCUCUUCCGAGAAAUCUACGCCCGGGCCCCAGCACAGCCCGCUCCUCCCGCCGCCUCCCCCUCCUCCCCCUCACCUGCUUCACCACCAGACACAACAACAACAACAACAGCAGCAGCAGCAUCUUCCCCCUCCCCCUCCCCCUCUAAGCAACCCCCCGCCCCAGUUGCCCCCUCCUCCGCCGCCUCCGCAUCACCACCCAGCAACGCCAGCAGCAGCACCGCCGCCAGCGCCAACGCGGUGGCUGCCCACGAAGCGCCCAAGUUCACCCUGGAGGGCCUGGAGCAAGCCAUCAGCAACGACUCGGAGCUCUGGGGCCUGCUGCAGCCCUACCAGCACCUCAUCUGCGGGAAGAACGCCAGCGGUGUUCCUUGUCUGCCAGAAAGUCUGAAUCUUCACAAAGAGCAGCAAAGGUCAAAUAAACCCGGGGAAGUCCAGAUGUUUAGCCAGUCUGAGCUACGAACCAUUGAACAAUCUUUGCUUGCAACCCGCGUAGGAAGCAUUGCAGAACUCAGUGACCUGGUGUCUCGAGCAAUGCAUCACCUGCAGCCACUCAGUGCAAAGCAACACAGCAACAGCACUCCCAUGCACCAAAAGCAGGGGUCAAUAUACUGGGAACCUGAAGCUUUGUACACACUCUGCUAUUUUAUGCACUACCCACAGAUGGAAUGGGAGAACCCGAACGUGGAACCCUCCAAAGUCACCCUCCAGACAGAAAGGCCUUUCAUAGUGCUGCCGCCUCUGAUGGAAUGGAUAAGAGUCGCUCUGGCUCACGCAGGGCAUCGGCGCAGUUUCUCCAUUGACAGCGAUGAUGUACGGCAAGCGGCCAGGCUUUUGCUACCCGGAGUUGACUGUGAACCUCGGCAGUUAAAAAUCGAUGACUGCUUCUGUGCUUCUCGCAAACUGGACGCAGUGGCUACAGAAGCAAAGUUCAAGCAGGAUCUGGGUUUCCGAAUGCUGACCUGCGGCCGUACCGAUCUGGUCAAACAGGCUAUCUCUUUACUGGGCCCUGAUGGAAUUAACAGCAUGAGUGAACAGGGGAUGACUCCACUGAUGUACGCUUGUGUGAGGGGAGAUGAAGCAAUGGUCCAGAUGUUGCUGGAUGCUGGAGCAGACCUAAACGCCGAGGUUGUCAGUACUCCUCAUAAAUAUCCAUCCGUCCACCCUGAGACCCGCCAUUGGACUGCUCUGACAUUUGCUGUAUUGCAUGGACAUAUUCCUGUAGUCCAGUUGUUGCUGGAUGCAGGUGCCAAAGUAGAAGGUUCGUUGGAACAUGGUGAAGAAAACUAUUCGGAAACUCCCUUGCAACUGGCAGCAGCUGCUGGAAAUUUUGAACUGGUUAGUCUCCUUUUGGAACGAGGAGCCGACCCCAUGAUUGGAACCAUGUACAGGAAUGGCAUUUCCAUGACGCCGCAAGGUGAUAUGAACUCCUUCAGCCAGGCGGCUGCACAUGGACACAGAAAUGUGUUUCGUAAGCUGCUUGCUCAGCCAGAGAAGGAGAAGAGUGAUAUCCUGUCCCUGGAGGAGAUACUGGCGGAGGGAACUGACUUGGCAGACGGCGCUCCCGCACCUUUAUGUGCCAGCCGCAACAGCAAGGCCAGACUGAAAGCUCUGAAGGAAGCAAUGUAUCACAGUGCCGAACACGGAUAUGUGGAUGUUACCAUUGACAUCAGGAGCAUAGGUGUCCCAUGGACUCUUCAUACAUGGCUGGAAUCCUUGAGGACUGCUUUUCAACAGCACAGAAGACCUCUUAUCCAGUGCUUGCUAAAAGAAUUUAAAUCCAUCCAGGAGGAAGAAUACACUGAAGAACUCAUCACACAAGGAUUGCCUUUGAUGAUUGAGAUCUUGAAGGCAAGCAAGAACGAAGUGAUUAGCCAGCAAUUGGCUGCCAUUUUCACACAUUGCUAUGGACCCUAUCCUAUUCCCAAGCUUGUUGAAAUCAAACGCAAGCAGACAUCUCGCUUAGAUCCCCAUUUCCUUAACAAUAAAGAAAUGUCAGAUGUUACAUUCCUUGUGGAAGGAAGACCAUUUUAUGCACACAGAGUAUUACUAUAUACAGCAUCCCUAAGGUUUAAAGCUCUUUUGUCCAGCAAACCUGCAUCUGACAGCUCUUUUAUUGAGAUCAGCUAUGUGAAGUAUCCCAUUUUUCAGCUUAUUAUGCAGUAUCUCUACUAUGGAGGUGCGGAGUCACUUCUCAUUAAAAACAAUGAAAUCAUGGAGCUUCUAUCUGCUGCUAAAUUUUUCCAGCUUGAAGCAUUGCAACGACACUGUGAAAUCAUCUGCGCAAAAAGUAUCAACACAGACAAUUGUGUGGAUAUUUAUAAUCAUGCCAAGUUUCUUGGAGUCACAGAAUUGGCUUCCUAUUGUGAGGGUUAUUUUCUUAAAAAUAUGAUGGUUCUAAUUGAAAACGAAGCUUUUAAGCAGCUGCUAUAUGACAAGAAUGGAGACUCACCUGGCCAAAACGUACUACAAGAUUUACAGAGGACGUUGGCAGCACGGAUCCAGUCAAUCCAUUUGUCGUCUUCAAAAGGCUCCAUUGUAUAAAAUUUCAGGAAGGAUGUGAAGUUUUCAGAAAGGCAGGAAAGGCACUGCAAGUGAAAGGUGGCUGUUGCAGCUUCUCGGCGUUCUUUUUCCUUCUGGAGUCUUAUAUUGUGGGCCAAAGGUGCUGUCACUUACUUGAAUCUUCUUCUCUUGGGCAAGAGGUUGUGGUACAUGUGACUCCUAUGCAUUUUCGGAACCGCAAGGAUGUAUUGCUCUCCUGGGAAUUUACUGUUCAGAUUCUGAACACAGAAGUGCUGUCGUGCAGCUAAUGCCAACAAGAGGGUGAGCCACAUUCUGGUGAAUAGAAGAAGCCCCGCAUGGAACAAGGAUGCCAUGGAACAAUGAUUUUAUAAAGCCAACACAUCAGGUUGUUUUUUUGUUACACUGUGUCAUACAUUUUUUUUGUGAGAGCAGUACUGUUCUCUGUCUCCCACAGUUCAUUGUAGUAUGCAUCUAAGAAACACACAACCUGAUAGCUGCUCUUUAGCAAGAGUCAAAGAACUGGUUAGAAAUGAGAAAAUACAUGUAUAAGCAAAUGUCUAGUGGUGGAAACUUUUUCAAAUUCUUCAUUUAAAAUGGAGCAGCUUUGCAGUUUUAAUUUCCCCCUCCCUUAUGUUCCAGAUUCCAAAGCUAUUAUCAAAAGAGAUAUAUUUGAGAAUGUAUAUAACAUGUUAAAUUUGGGUUUGUAGCUUUGCUUCAUUUUUUUUCCAAUGGUAAAAUGUAUAUUGUGGAAAUGAGCACCGGAAAAUGGUUUUCAGUUCAUAUUCUGCUUUACUUAACAGUGGUAUAAUCCUGCCUGAAUGGCUAUGGUUACACCAAAGAGGUGCACUUACCAAGGACUCCGUUGUUUGGUUUGGGGGAAAUUCUGCAUGCUAACUGUGGUUUGGGGUUUUAAAACAGCAAUGAAAUUCAACAUGCAUUUGCAUGGUAAUGGUACCUGUAAACUGUUAACGUUUGUGCUUAAUUUUUCAGAAAAAAAAGGCAAUGCAAUGUUAGGUUUGUUGUUUUUUUUUGUCAAACGCCAUUUUUUGUGAAGUUCUAUUUCAGGAUUUUAUUUUCUGGUUGCACACAAUUUCCAUGUAGAACAGUUUUAAAGAUGAUAGUUUCUAGUUAUUCUAUGUGAGGGGUCAAUCCAGGGUCUUUAUUCAAGAGAAAUGAUAGUAUUUUGCUACUGGGCAGAAAUUAUGAUGAAGAUGAUUUAUUUUAAUUAUAUAUUAAAUAUGUACUAUAGAGUGAUUUCUUGAAGUCAGCUGAGAAUGUGUAGGUUAUAUGCUUAUGGAGGCCUUUAACAGGCCUUGAGUUAUUUAGUGACAUAUUUUAAGCAAACUGUUUUAAGUGCCACGCUAAUUCUUGACCAUUUGCAGUUCGAUCAAAUAGUUUUGCAAGAACCACAGUAAAGAGUUAUUUCACCACAGUCUUUACCAUAUGACCUUUUUCUUGGCAGAAGAGUGUGAAUUUACCUGCCUUUGGGGAAAUCGUGACUGGUUGAUAAACUCUGGAAAUUUUCAUAGUACCAGUGUAAGGUAAAUCCUAGGUCUCUUUUUUUAUAAAGGUGCUAAUUCACAUUUACAGAUUUUUGGCAUUGUCCAGGAAUACAAUUUUUGUAUCAGACAACAGGAGAAAAAGGAGCUAUUCUGUGUCUCUGAACUUCAAAAUCCUUCUGAACCAUUUGUGGAACAGUGCAAAAUUGCCUAACAUACUAUUAAUAUUAGAGAGGCACAGUCUGGCGAUGGAGGCAGAAUGGAGUAACACAUCUCCCUUCCUAGAUCUUUUAUAAUAAGUUUGGAUAAUGUUGUUUCCUGAGGCAGAGAACAAUAUGGCGCCCCGCUCCAUUCCAUUCAUAGAUGCCCAUUGGACCAGUAGUUGCCUCUUACUUCAACACACUGGCUGUGGAGUUAGCAUCCUUCAUCAUAGCUAAAGGUUUGCUGGAAGUAGAAUAAGGAAGAGCUGAUCAAGAUUCCUUCGUCGUGCUUCCAUUAUAUUUGCUAUGCUUCCUCAAUCUAUUAGUACACAAAAGAUGAGUUUUUAUAAUAACUCAUCAGUAGCACUCAAAAGCCUUGAGUGCAUUAAUUGCUAAGCUGCCAAAGAGUGAGUGGUGGCCACCAAUGCAGCCAAAAGUCUUUGUAGGCGCUUACACCAACAACAUCAAGGAUCGUUGGAAUGUAUCACGUACGUGAAUGUUGUUAACAAGGGAAAUAAACCAAAUGGUUUUUAAACCAAAUGAA